UCUCUCUCUCUCUCUCUCUCUCUCUUCAAUCGCAUCGCAUUGGGGAUCUCCAUGGAGGAUGCAGCGCACCGCCAUGGCGGCCGUCCCAAGCUAGGUCCAGGCGGCGGAGGAGCCGACCUCAUCAGCGCCCUCCCGGAGGAUCUGCUUCUCCUGGUCCUCGUCCGCCUCCGCUGCGCCCGCGCCGCCGCGCGCACCAGCCUCCUCGCCCGCCGGUGGCGCGGCCUCUGGACCCGCCUCCCCGAUCUCGUCUUCCGCGACGUCGCGGCCGACCCGCUCCUACCGGCGCUCACCUCGCUCCAAGCUGCGGCCGGCCUCGGCCCCGGGAUGUCCCUCCUCGACAUUCGCGUCGCCGGGGAUGAUCUGGGCCGGGGGCAUUCGCACCGGAUAUCCUCGCUGCUUGAUGCCGCUGCGCGGCUCUCGCCGGUGGAGUUCCACUUCGCCCUGCCGCGAGACGUGCUCGUCACCGACGUAGAGCUGCCUCGCUUCGACCUCGACCUCGCCGACUUUGUCCUCCGCUGCCCACGCCUGCGGGUGCUCAGGGUGGCCAACGAUUGCUACCACUCCGCCGGCGACAUCACCAUCAAAUCGGAGUCGUUGGAGGAGCUGCAAGUGCGGAGUCGGUCCAAAUGGACAAGAUGUAUCGACGUCGAGGCCCCCAUGCUGAAGCAAUUGACGGUGGCCUUCCACACCAUCAAUGAGCUCAGGGUGUCCAUAGUGGCACCAACUGUGAAGAAGGUCUCGUUGGAGUGCUACUAUACCAUCGAGACUGAGGAGAUUUCUUGUUGGGGACUCUCCAUGAUGACCUUGCAUACUGGCACUGCAGAGACCGAGGGACAGCGGUUGCUCACCGAGACCGGCACCGAAGACGACGCCCGUUUGCCGUUGUCUAACGUUUAUGUCCUGUCCCUGCAUUUGUCGGGUUCACCUGGUUGGACUGCUAAACCUGACGCAGAGCUCGAAGUUGCGCAAAAGAUAGAGUCACUUCUUGUAACCGGCUUCUCUGUCUUGGAGCUGCAUUUCUCGACAACUGAGUUUCAUUUUGGUAUACCAGCCAAGCAUGCUUUUGGAGCAUGUGUGGUGCGUCUACUUGGGAUGCAUCGGAUUCGUACGGCUACACGAAAGCUUAGGAUCGUCUUACUUAGAUCAGACGUGGUAAAAGAAUGCCCAGUAAAUUGUCGCUGUGAUAAGCCCAAGAACUGGAGAAGCAAAAAUAUCUCGUUGAUCAAUCUUGAAGAAGUGGAAAUCAAAGGCUUUGAAGGGGAGGAUCAUGAUUUUGAUUUCCUGAAAGUGAUAUUCAGAUGCGCACCAAUGCUUAAAAGAAUGUCCGUGUGGAUGUGUGAUGAGGUCAGCACAAGUAACGAUCGGUGUUUGAAAUCACACGACUUCUUCAAGGCGUAUCCAUUUGUGGAAUGCAACGUUUAUCUUAGUUCCGGGUCAAAGCACCACAGCCAAAGUUGUGCAUUGGAAUGAUUCUCAUCUUUGCAUUUACGGAUUGGCGGCGGUGCUCAUCGACAAGAUGGUCCUCUCCCAUGAGGACCAACUCCGCAAUCCAGUUUCAGAAUUUUGCUAGGUGGCUUCAAUGGACAAAAGUGAGCAGCUGAGGUGUUUUUUCAGCGGUGUAACGGAGCUACAGGCUAGGAUUGGUGCACUCUUGCUCUUAAUUAAACCUUGGCCUAUAAUAUGACAUUGUUAAUAACUUGGUGUACUCUUGCUCUUUCCUUGAAGAAAGAAUAGCAUUGUCAUAGCUUGGCUUUGUCAUGAAAUUGCCAAGAUUUAGUGUACACACCGUAUGCCAGUCAAAAUGUUAAGCCUCGAUUAGCUCUGUGCUUAUCUUGAGCAAAAGCUCGAUAGAGCAUCAGAGAAGAAGAAUGUUCACUUUA